AUGAAGCCCGCUGUCGCCGCUGCGUUGGCCGCCUUCGCGCUCGCAGAGGUCGUCUCUGCUGACGUUGCCCGUCCCCAAUUCACACCCACCUCGAUCCAGGCUCCCUUCAUCGAGCAGUUCACUUCCGACUGGUCCGAACGAUGGGCAACAUCCCAGGCCUCCAAGUUCCAGAAGGAGGACGACACCGAGGCGUUCAAGUACGAUGGCGUCUGGUCCGUAGAGGAGCCAGAAGUGCUCCCCGGUCUGGUCGGUGACACUGGUCUCGUUCUCAAGUCCAAGGCCAAGCAGCACGCCAUCUCGCACCUCUUCGACCGGCCCAUCGACCCCAAGGGCAAGCCCCUCGUCGUUCAGUACGAGGUCAAGCUCCAGAAGGGUCUCGGCUGCGGUGGUGCCUACAUCAAGCUCCUCUCCGCCACCGAGGCCGGUGUCACCCCCGAGGAGUUUUCCGACAAGACUCCCUACACCAUCAUGUUCGGUCCCGACAAGUGUGGUCAGACCAACAAGGUGCACUUCAUCUUCCGCCACAAGAACCCCACCUCGGGCGAGUUCGAGGAGAAGCACGUCAAGUACCCCGCCUACCCCAAGCUCGCCAAGACCUCGACGCUCUACACGCUCGUCGUCAACCCGGACCAGACUUUCGAGAUCUUUAUCAACAACGAGUCCAAGAAGAAGGGUUCGCUGCUCGAGGACUUUGAACCUCCCGUCAAUCCGGCGGCUGAGAUCGACGAUCCGGAGGACAAGAAGCCCGCCGACUGGGUCGAGCUUGCCAAGAUCCCUGAUCCCAAAGCUACCAAGCCCGCCGACUGGGACGAGGAUGCACUGCCGGAGAUCCCCGACGAGGACGCUGUCAAGCCCGAGGGUUGGCUCGAGGACGAGCCGCUGACCAUCCCCGACCCGGACGCGCAGAAGCCCGAGGAGUGGGACGACGAAGAAGACGGAGAGUGGUUCGCACCCAGCAUCCCCAACCCCAAAUGCGAGGCUGCCGCCGGUUGUGGCGAGUGGGUCCGUCCCGUGAUCCGCAACCCCGCCUACAAAGGCAAGUGGUCCGCACCGCUCAUCGACAACCCGGACUACAAGGGGGUCUGGGAACCGCGCAAGAUCGCCAACCCCAACUACUACGAGGACAAGUCGCCUGCCGACUUCACCCCCAUCGGCGGUGUCGGCUUCGAGCUGUGGACCAUGGACGAGGAUAUCCUGUUCGACAACAUCUACAUCGGUCACGACCCGGCGCAGGCCAAGGCGUUUUCGGCCGAGACGUUUGAGCAGAAGAUCAAGAUCGAGCAGGGUCAGGAGGAUGCCGAGAAGGAGACGGCGGCCAAGGCUGCUGAAGAGGCUGCGAGCGCCGUUGCGGGCUUUGUCGGUCAGGUUCGGGGUCAUGUCAACACGUUCAUCGCCCGCGCGCGCCAGGAUCCUGUGGAGGCGAUCAAGGAGAUGCCCCAGGUGGCAGGUGGUCUCGGCGCCGCUUUCGCCGGUCUCUUGGGUCUUGUCGGAUUGGUCGGCGGUGUUCUCGGCGGCAGCAAGGUCAAGGUCACCACCAAGGAUGGGAAGAAGGUCGACGCUCCCACCGCUGCCAAGGGCAAGGCGAAGGAGGUGACCGAGAAGGCCAAGGCGACCGGUGUCCAGGCCAAGGACGCGGUCAAGAAGCGUGCCAACGCUGUCGCUGCCAAGGUCGACGACGCUGCUGAUGACGAGUAG